CUAUUACUAAGGAUUGCGCAAACUGUUCAUGCGCAAAGAAAGGCUCGCCUGGAUUAUAGACAAGCACUCAGAUCGUCACCAUGGCCCAGAAUUCGCAAGGCAAUAAGCCAAAGUGGAAGGUCGGCUCUUUUCUACAACAGGCUGUCGCGGGCGUUGAGUCGAGAUUAGACCAAAUAUUAGCGGAAGAGGAGGAUCAGAAGCAAGGACAAGCGAAAAAUGUGGCCCCGAAAACUAAGCCGACAGAGCAAACCGGAAACCUCUCCCGCAGUUCAUCCAAUGCGCGCAAAAAUGACCGGCUUCAGGAACGCCUAGCUCGGGCAAUGGUGAAGAAUGCGCCAGGUCCUCUCUCCACGCAGGGCUCUAGUCGGAACUCGUCACCUGUUACUAGUCCUGUUCCCAGCAACGGCGCCCGAUCUAGUAUGGAUAUUGAACCCAGCCUCGGGCAAGCAGUUACGGGAUCAGCAAGCCACUCACGCAAUUCAAGUCAAGUCGAUGGAACCUCAGUCGCAGCUGCGUUGCGUAGUAGCACCGAUUCGGGGCGUACGCGAGAGUCCAGUGACAAUGGCCCGCUAUUGAACGAGAGCGCAUUGUCUCCGCAUACUGCGAUGGAAAACCCUGAAGAUGUUGUUGUGCCCAGCUCUACUCCUGAUAUAACAGAAUCCCUCGCUAACGAUUCGGAAUUGUCUGCGCCUACAUCACUUCCGUCUUCAGAGCCUUCUGAAGAACCCAAUGAUAACCUUGCAAACGGUCAGGAGAAGACGAUUGCUCAAUUGCAGGCCGAGCACAAAAUUGCCGAAUCUCAUUGGCAAGAUGAAAUGCACGGCUACAUCGAGCGGAUUGAUGCACUGCAGUCUAAGCUCAAAUACCUCGCGAAGGAAGCCGCCGAAACCGCCAAGCAGGCUGCUACAACGGCAGAACCGGGGAGCUUAGAAAGACAGCUCAGAGAAAAGGACGAGAAAAUAGCCCUUCUGCUUGAUGAAGGUCAAAAACUUUCCAAGUCGGAAAUGGAUCACCGAACAGUCAUCAAAAAGUUGAGACAACAAUUAAGCGACAAUGCAAAAACCCAGAGCGAAGCCAAGAAGAAAACGGAGAAACUCGAACGAGACCUCAGCAGUGCAGAAGCUCGGGCAAAACGAGCAGAGGCCGCAGAGAAGAGGGCCAGUGAUUUGCUUUCUUCGCAGAUGAAGGUGUCCCGAGAAUUCGAAGCUUUGACUGCAGAGCGCAAUGCCCUCAGCCAAACAGUGCAGGAAAUGAAGGGACAACUAGCACGAGCCGUUGCUCGAGCGGAGGCAGCUGAAGCUAAGGCGCAGUCAGAGGCACUUGAGCAGGAGAGGCGCCGCGCCACUCAGUUGGAGGAGGACAUCUCCAGCGUGAAAAUAGAAAGAGAGCUUACCGAAGGGAAAUUGAGGCGCGAAAUCAGCGAUCUACAAGCUACCAUAGAGCAGGAGAAAGAGAGGGCCCGGAUGCUGGAAGUAGAGCUCAAGAACGAGCAAUUGAUGCUGGAGAGCAAAAUGGAGUCCCUUCGCUUUCGAGCUGAGGAAGCUUCCUCCGGUGUGUCUGGAGACACGCAAGUGAAACUACUUCGACAAAUUGAGACCCUCCAGACGCAGUACGCUGUGGCUAGCGAAAAUUGGCAGACCCUGGAGGGCUCGUUGCUUGCUCGAUUGGCCAAUGCCGAGAAGGAGCGGGACGAGGCCGCACGGCGAGAGGGCGAGAUGCGCCGAAAGAUACGCGAGGCAAAUCUGAAGGUGAAACGUAUAGAGGAGGAGCUCGAAGCCGCGAAAGAGACCCAGCACGACCUUGAGAGCAAACUCGAGGAGGCCACCGAAGAGAUCCAGAAGCUGGAACAAAGGCUCAAAAAAGCUACCGCCGACUUAGACACGGCUCAGAAAGACUUUGCUGAACAGCAGAAAAUUAUCGAAACCUCAUGGGGGCAGAAACUCGAAGACGAGCGAGCAAAACUGCGCGAGCAGGCAUCUUCGCCGCCGGCUUUCCUGCAGCAACCUCGAACGCAAUCACCAGUGGCCUACAGUCGUCGGCCCAGUGCUUUAGAGCCUAUCGGGACGUUGUCCGACUAUCGAUCAACCAGUCGCCGUCCCUCGACAUUGCCGACUUCGCCCGAUAUGGGCAAUCUCUCACGCCAGAACUCAUUCCCCCUAUCCACACAAUCCAUUCUCUCGCCCUCGACUGCAACUAGUUCGAUACAUUUACCUAUUCCGGAAACGCCUUCGAUCAAUUUCGAGCAUGAUGAACUCUUCAGUCACUCUGCCACUCCCUCAGCAUACGGCGGGGCGCCUACAAAUCCUUCACGCGGCAUUAAUGACAUUAUUUCAGAGUCGACAGUUGGCGCAGGGCCCUCAGUGCAGUUGGUCGAGCGCAUGAGUGCCACCGUCCGUCGGCUCGAGAGUGAACGCGCUGCAUCGAAGGAUGAGCUUGCUCGGAUCACUACGCAGCGCGACGAAGCUCGACAACAGGUUGUAGAUCUGAUGCGGGAGGUUGAGGCGAAGAGAACCUCUGAUACUCGCGUGCACGAGCUUGAACAGCGGCUCGAGGAACUCGACCAGCGGUACCAGACUACACUGGAGAUGCUGGGCGAAAAGAGCGAGCAGGUGGACGAGUUAGAGGCAGAUAUUGCUGAUCUGAAAAAAAUAUACCGGGAGUUGGUCGACAAUACGAUGAAAUGAGGCUAUUAUCCCUUUGCCGUUGCUUUUUUACUAUCUAGAUAUGUCCCUUUGUACAUAGAAAGUUUUUGCUGCGGGCUAGAUCUCGCUAUACACGAUGUUACGUGAUACAUGUGCCUGCU